CGGUGGCCUCAGUGUUUUCUCCACACAAAGAUACAGAAGCGCACGAGCGAGAGAGCAGCAGGAGCGCCUCCGGGAUAAACACGAGCUUCUCCUGACACACACCACAGACACACACAUGCGUUAUAGUGGUAUUUGAAUCACUCUCUCAACCGUGUUUAAAGAAAACUUGAAGGUUUAUCAGAGGAAUUACUGUCCGGACGGUGCGAUGGGAACUUCAGCUGUAUGUUAAGCGCGUGAGUGCUGAGCAUCUUUACGGGACUCAGAGUCCGUGGUACCCUGGUCACCAAACACCGGGCUGGACCGCAUUACAGAUGGAUAACUUCUUUGUUGAGGGAGCUCGUGUGUGGGUUCGGGACAAGGAGCAGCUCUUGCCAUCCACCGUCAGCUGCUGUGAUGACCGGACCCUCAUCCUGACCACCGACUAUGGAGAGGUGAUGACUCUGGAUCAGGCUGAGGUGAACCGGCUGAAGGUUUUCCCCAUGCAUUCCACCAGCAUCAGUGGAGUGGAGGACAUGUCCACUCUGGCUGAGCUUCACGAGGCCGCCAUCAUGCACAACCUCUACCUGCGCUACCAGAAAGACCUCAUUUAUACUAACAUUGGCUCGAUCCUGGCAGCCAUGAAUCCUUAUAAGCAGAUAGCAGGCCUGUAUGACAGCGAGGCGGUGGAUGUGUACAGCAGACAUCAUCUGGGUGAACUUCCUCCACACAUCUUCGCCGUGGCCAACGAGUGUUACCGCUGCCUGUGGAAGAGACACGACAGUCAGUGUGUGCUCAUCAGUGGAGAGAGUGGUGCUGGGAAGACGGAGAGCACUAAACUGCUCCUGAAGUUUCUGUCGGUCAUGAGUCAGAACUCCACGGGCUCUCCGCUGUCAGAGAGGACAACCCGAGUCGAGCAGGCCAUCGUACAGAGCAGCCCAAUAAUGGAGGCUUUUGGAAAUGCAAAAACAGUUUACAACAACAACUCCAGUCGCUUCGGAAAGUUCAUUCAACUUCACUUCUCCCAGAGUGGAAAUAUCCAGGGUGGCUGUAUUAUUGAUUAUUUGCUUGAAAAGAAUCGAGUUGUGCGACAAAAUCCAGGAGAAAGAAACUAUCAUAUUUUCUAUGCCUUGUUGUCAGGUGCCAAGUAUGAACACAGAGAAAUGUAUGUGCUAGCUGACUCUCCUGAAGCUUAUCAUUACCUCAACCAGUCCGGCUGUGUAAAAGACAGAAGCCUAGAUGACAAACACCUCUAUGAUAGUGUAAUGGAAGCGCUGAAGGUGAUGGAGUUCACUGAGGAGGAGAUUCGGGAUGUCUUUAAGUUACUCUCUGGAGUCCUUCAGAUCGGCAACAUUGAGUUCAUGACAGCAGGAGGUGCUCAGAUCACCACUAAAGGAGUGGUCAGUGUGGUCAGUGAUCUGCUGGGACUGGACUCUUUUCAGCUGUCUGAGGUUUUGACACAGCGCUCGAUGAUCCUGAGAGGAGAGGAGAUCUGCUCGCCCCUCACCGUGGAGCAGGCAAUUGAUUCCCGGGAUUCUGUGGCGAUGGCAUUGUAUUCCCAGUGUUUUUCUUGGAUCAUCGCCCGAAUCAACCAGAAAAUCAAAGGAAAGGACAACUUCAAGUCCAUUGGCAUUUUGGAUAUCUUUGGCUUCGAGAACUUCGAGGUGAACCGGUUCGAGCAGUUCAACAUUAACUACGCCAACGAGAAGCUCCAGGAGUACUUCAACAAGCACAUCUUCUCCCUGGAGCAGCUUGAAUAUAACAGGGAGGGAAUCCACUGGGAAGCCAUCGACUGGAUGGACAACGCAGAGUGUUUGGAUCUCAUCGAAAAGAAACUGGGCAUGUUGGCUCUUAUCAAUGAAGAGAGUCGAUUCCCUAAAGGCACGGACUACACCCUGCUGGAGAAGCUCCACAGCCGGCAUGCCACUAAUCCAUAUUACGUGAAACCCAGAGUGGCAGAUCACCAGUUUGGUAUUAAACAUUAUGCGGGAGAGGUGCUGUAUGAUGUGCGUGGCAUCCUAGAAAAAAACAGAGACACAUUCAGAGAUGAUAUCCUCAACAUGCUGAAGGACAGCAGGCUUGACUUCAUCUAUGACCUGUUUGAGCGUUUUGGCAGCAGGAGUGGAGAUGAGACUCUGAAGAUGGGCACCGCCCGCCGCAAACCCACCGUCAGCUCUCAAUUCAGGGACUCUCUUCAUGCACUGAUGGCCACUUUAAGUGCCUCCAAUCCUUUCUUUGUGCGCUGCAUUAAACCUAACAUGGAGAAGAAUGCGAAUAAAUUUGACUCAGAUGUGGUUCUGAACCAGCUCCGCUACUCUGGAAUGCUGGAAACAGUGAAGAUCCGAAGAGCUGGCUUUCCAGUACGCAGAACCUUCCAAGAUUUCCUCAGCAGAUACACUAUGAUCCUGAGGGACAGAAACCACACGGCGGACGAGAGGAAGAAAUGUGCGGAUCUGCUGACGAAGUACGACGUCACGAAGAAAGAGUGGCAGCUGGGGAAGACUAAGGUGUUCCUGAAGGAAGCUUUGGAGCAGAGGCUGGAGAAGGAAAGAGAGGAGGUGCGCAAAGCGGCUGGUAUGGUGAUCCGGGCCCACAUACUAAGUUAUGUGGCAAGAAAACACUAUAAAAGAGUUCAGAGCAGCACCGUCACAAUCCAAAAGAACUACCGCGCUUACUUCUGGAGACAAGCAUUUCUUCGUUUCCGCUCAGCCGCCGUGGUCCUCCAGAAGCACCUGCGUGGGCAGAUCGCUCGUCAGCUCUACCGGCAGCUUCUGGAGGAGAAACAGAGGAGAGAAGAGGAGGAGAGGAUCAGAAGAGAAGAAGAGGAGAGGAGACGCCAGGAGGAGCUGAGGAGACUCCAGGAGGAGAAACAAAGACAAGAGGAAGAAAGGAGGAAAGAGGAGGAGAGACUGAGGCUUCUAGAAGAGGAGAAGAAGAGAAGAGAGGAGGAACAGGAGACUUUGCGGCUCCAGCAGGAGGAGGAAGAGCUGAAGAGGAGGCAAGAGGAGCUCAAGAGCAAGCAGAUAUUGGAGGACAGAGAGGCAGGGCACAGCAGGAGCCUAGUGGGGAAAAACCAUCACAACCACAAGAAGGACGUGUCCCAUAGCCUGUGCCAGUACUCGUCCGAGGAGGAGAGUCGUCAGAUGGAGGAGAUCCUGCGGCUGGAGCGAGAGAUCGAGCGGCUGCAGAAACAGAGAGACGAAGGGGUUUCUCUCCUGAACGACAGCUCUAGAGACGAGCUGCGCCAGAAGAGGGACGCCGAGAUCUACCGGCUGGAGAAAGAGGCUUCACGCGUGGCCACCGAGUUCCUGGAAAUGCUGGACUUUGGAGGUUUGGAGCAGUCGCUGUCCAGUGAGGAAAAUCUUCACGAUCCUUCUGAAACCACCGCUCCUCUGGCCGAGGAAGAGGUGGAUGAAGGUUUUCAUGCGGAGGACGAGUGUAUCCCGCUCCCAGACUUCCCUCCACUGGCUGCUGUGCCUCUUGAUAAGGAGGUUCUCUCCAGUCUACCUCCUCCACCUCCUGCUUUUGCGGAAGGUCCGGUUGGCACAUCUUCACCUGCACGGAUGGAGCGACCCAAGUCCAGUUCAUCCAUCAAACACAACAGACUCUCAGACAUCCCUCCACCUCCACCCACAGCUCCACCGCCUCCUCCACCAACGCUGAUUUCAAGCAGAGUUGACUUUGAAGUGGUGUAUAAAAGCCCCAGGAAGACGGAGAUCUUGCUGCCGGAGGAGGAAACCAGCUUCAGCAUUCUGCCCGACACAGAGUCGGAUUAUGACCAAGAGGAGUUCGAGGAGGCACUGGGGAGUUGUGGAGAUGCUGGAAGCACAAACGAUGGACAUCUUACUGAUGAGGAAGUUCUGCGCAGAUCUUCAUGUACUUAUAACAGCACAGACUCCUUCAGGGGAAGCUCAGACUCGUUUAUUGACAGUAAUGAUGAGAAUGACGGAUACGUGGACACGGAUGAGGAAGUGUCCAAUGGUAGAGUGCAUCUGCUAAAUGGAAGUGGGCCUCCUUAUUUCCACAGCUACCUGUACAUGAAAAGUGGGCUGAUGAUCCCGUGGCGCAGGCGCUGGUGUGUUUUGAAAGACGAGACCUUCAUGUGGUUCAGGGCGAAGCAGGACUCUCUUAAGUCAGGCUGGCUCUACAAGAAAGGUGGAGGAAUGUCUACUCUGUCCCGGAGGAACUGGAAGAUGCGCUGGUUUGUCCUUCGUGACUCCAAACUCAUGUAUUUCGAGAAUGACAGCGAGGAGAAACUGAAGGGAACCAUUGACAUACGAGCAGCCAAGGAAAUUGUGGAUAACCAUGAGAAGGAAAAUGCACUGAAUAUUGUAACUGAAGACAGGACCUACCAGAUCUAUGCAGAAUCUCCUGAGGAUGCUAGUGGCUGGUUCAAUGUGUUGAGCCGUGUUCACAGCGCCACUCCAGACCAGCUUCUGCAGAUGCAGCAUGAGCAGGCCAACCCUAAAAAUGCAGUCGGAACACUGGAUGUUGGGCUUAUCGACUCUGUAUGUGCCUCUGACAACCCAGACAGGCCAAACUCAUUUGUCAUAAUCACUGCUAAUCGUGUGAUACAUUGCAACACUGACACGCCGGAGGAAAUGCACCACUGGAUCGGCCUCCUGCAGAAGCCUAAAGGAGACUCCAGAAUAGACGGCCAGGAGUUCAUAGUGAGAGGCUGGCUGCAUAAAGAGAUGAAGUCCAGUGGGAAGAGCACAUCUCUUAAGCUGAAGAAACGCUGGUUUGUUCUGACCAACAACUCACUGGAUUAUUAUAAAUCAUCAGAGCGCAGUGCGUCCAAACUGGGAACACUGGUGCUCAACAGCCUUUGCUCGGUUGUUCAGCCUGAUGAGAAAGUCUACAAGGAGACAGGUUACUGGAACAUAAUAGUUCAUGGAAGAAAGCAUUCUUACCGUCUCUACACCAAACUACUGAACGAAGCCAUGAGGUGGGCUUCAGCCAUUCAGGUGGCCAUUGACAACAAAGUUCCCAUUGAAACACCGACCCAGCAACUCAUCCGAGAUAUCAAGGAGAGCAGUCUGAAUGUGGAGGCUGUGGAGCAGAUGUACUGGAGGAACCCCAUCCUGAGAUACACACAGCACCCGCUGCACUCGCCCCUGCUGCCCCUGCCAUACGGAGAAGUCAACAUCAACUUGCAAAAAGAGAAAGGCUACACCAGCCUGCAGGAUGAGGCAGUCAAGAUCUUCAACUCAUUACAAGAGAUGGAAGCCGUGUCUGAUCCGAUGCCCAUUAUUCAAGGCAUCCUACAGACCUGUCAAGAUCUGCGGGCGCUCAGAGAUGAAGUCUACUGUCAGCUGAUCAAACAGACCAAUCACGUGCCUCAGCCCAACAGCCCUGCCAACCGCGCACACUGGCAUCUGCUCACCUGUAUGAGCUGCACCUUCCUGCCCAGCCGCGGCAUCCUCAGAUACCUCAGAUUCCACCUCAAAAGGAUAAAGGAGUUGUUCCCUGGAGCAGAAAUUGAGAUGUUCGCUGUGUUCAUUGGUGAUUCACUGAAGAAGACAAAAGCACGGGAGUUUGUGCCUUCACAAGAGGAGAUCAUCGCCCUCCUGAACAGACGUGAGAUGACAACCACUGUUUACUGCCACGGUGGAGGAUCCUGCAAGAUUUCAAUCAACUCUCACACUACAGCAGGAGAGGUGGUAGAGAAACUAAUCCGAGGCUUGGCUAUGGAGGACAGCAGGAACAUGUUUGCUUUGUUCGAGCAUAACAAUACCAUCGACCGUGCCGUGGAGAGCAGGGUGAUUGUGGCAGAUGUGCUGGCUAAGUUCGAGAGGCUGACAGGAAGUGAGCUGGAGGAAGACGGCCCAUGGAAGUUGUACUUCAAACUGUAUUGUUUCUUGGAUGUGGAGAGCAUGCCCAAGGAAGGAGUGGAGUUUGUCUUCAUGUUUGAGCAGGCUCAUGAAAGUUUAAUAAGCGGUCAUUUCCCUGCGCAUGAGGACACCCUCCAGCACCUUGCUGCUUUACGUCUGCAGUACCUGUAUGGGGAUGUGUCACGGGUCAACUGGAGCUUGGACAGCAUCUACCCCACUGGUUGUCUGCGCAGCCGCAUACUUCAAUUCACCAAAGUAGGAGGUGCAGCUGGAUCGGGACAAACCCUAGAAAGGAGGAGGACGAGCUUCCUGGAUGGCACUCUGAGGCGGGGGCUGAAGACCGGCACCAUGAAGAAGCAGCGCAGUAUGCAGGAGGAACAAAUGCUGGAAAUGUGGAUCAAGGAAGAGACUUCAGCCACCAGAGCCAGUAUUAUGGAAAAAUGGAGUCGGCUGCAUGGCCUGGAUCAGCAUCAAGCCAUGGUCAAAUACAUGAACAUCAUCAAAGAGUGGCCUGGGUAUGGGUCAACGCUGUUUGAUGUAGAGUGUAAAGAAGGUGGUUUCCCUCAUGAUCUCUGGCUCAGCGUCAGUGCUGAGAACGUGUCUGUGUAUAAAAGAGGAGAGGCCAAACCCCUGGAGACCUUCCCUUAUGAGCACAUUGUCUUCUUUGGUGCUCCUCACGCUAGUACAUACAAGAUCACAGUGGACGGGAGAGACAUGUUCUUUGAGACACCUCAGGUUGGAGAGAUAACCAAAAUAAUGAAAGCCUACAUCAACAUGAUUGUUAAGAAACGAUGCAGUGUCAGAUCAGUGGCCAGCUUUGGGAGCAACUGGAUCAGGUGAUGAGUGCUGACCAAUUACAGCAAGGACAAGAUGGAUUUCCUUCGGACUGAUGGAAAGGAACUCAACUGGAGGGAUGUGGAUUGGCGAAUAUACAAUUAUGAUACUGGAACCAAUGAGAAGGCAAACUUUUAGACAUCUGCAUGUGUGUAGACAACCACCCCUUUACCAACUUAUUAUAUCUGACAUUUAAUAUGCAGUUAUGUGGAAUGUGGAUAUUGGACCAAUGAGAUUCCGCUAAGGGGCGGGAUGUCAACAGAAUGUCCUGUCAAUCAUCACAGCACUUGUUCUUUUAUCCAGUAAUAUCUGAUUAGUAUGCUUCUCAAAGCUAGUUAACCAGCAGAUGUUUAUUGCAAUACCUCAAAGUCCCGAAUGCUUCUUGUGCUCCUGGUUUUCUGAUUAUUAGUUGCUCUUUGCAGUGACCAGAUCAAAACAGGUUCUUAAAUGUUACACACGAAACAAUGUUAUGUUGAGAGCUUUCAAAGACUAAUAGCCUAAAGUGAUUGCACACGUCGAAAGUGUCAACAGCCAUGUUAAAACUUGUCCGUUUGCCUUACUCCACACAAGGGCUGCUCUGUGCAGAUUUGCGUCAUUUAGACGGCUUUCUGUUAAUCUGUUACUGAACCUUCGCUCAGGUUCCUAAGGUUGAGAGAAUGAUGAAAUGUUUUUCUGCCUUUACGUCUUGCCGUUUUCAACUGUGUGUUCUCUGUGCUUUUGCAUUCCACUGUGGUGCAGUUCCAUUGUUUUCAGUGUAAACAUGCACUGGAGAUAUGGCGGGGGGAUGUUGGUGUAACAGAGGCUAGUUAGUUUUGCAGAUAAAUCUAAUUUCUCUGUCUUCAAAAGCCUUGCUAGCGAAUUACGCUAGAGACUUAGUGUCCUUUGGUAGUGUCCACCUGCCAUUCAAGAAUUGGGAUGUGCUGGUGCUGUGACCCAGAUGGAAGUGAGGUUUAAGUGUGUCUAUGGUAUGAGGCGAGCUAGUGAGAGCUAUGUAGCUAACCUCAAUCACAUCAAAAGACCCAUUAGCAAUUGAUGUUACAGGCAGUGGCCUUUAUGCCGAGUUCAGACUGCAUGAUUUAAUAGAUUACAUGACCAUCUGGGUUAUUGUUCUAUUGCUGCUGAGUUUACACUGCAAGAUGGAUCGACGACAGGGGGUUUCACACCGCAUUACAAUAGAAGAAUCACUGACAACUUUGUCUCAGUCAACAAACUAUGUCUCACAACCAAGCACUCACAAGAAGUGACAUGGAAACAACUCAAGGUCAUCUAUCUCUUGUUAUUAACUACAUAUUACGAAAGAAGCAUUUAGUGGGGUAGAAAAUCUACUUAUUUUGCUCACCUGGCUUUUGAAGUGAAUUAGCAAUUGCUCAAUGACACGUCAAACAGACACAGGUGCUCCAGCCAAAUUUCCACUAGCUUUUCCUCCAUUCUUUGUGUCCAAAUAGACCCAAUAGAAGCCCUUUUAACUUCUCCCCAAACUACCCACUUGCCUGCAGAUACCCAUACUAGUGGAAUGCUGCUCUCUCAUUGGUUGUAGGUGAUCGCCGAUGUAGAACACAUUUCACAUGGCAUGAGUUUGAAUCGCCAACAGCUCCAGAUAUUUAGCAUGUCAAAUAUCUUACACGUGUCGGCGACUCAUUGCCUCUCUCAGAUUGAGUUUUUGAUAGUAAUUGUUACUCACAUGAACAAGCAUAGAUUUGCCUGUGAUUUCAGGCAUUUGUCUGCGACUUCUCAAAAUCUGUCAGCGAGUCAAUAUCGGAGCUAAAAUCAUGCCGUCUGAACUCAGCACUAGUGUUCUUUGAUAGUGUGCCCAUUGUCUAAAACCCACUCGAGUACAAGUACAACCAGAGGAGUUGUGUUGGUGCCGUGACCCGGAAAGGAAUGAGAUUCACAGUGUAUGCAGGUAAACCUCACUCCUCUAGCUUUGAAAUACACACUAACUGUUGAUGUUAGACGAUGCAGUCUUUAGCAUUCUUUAGUGGGAUGUCCUCUUCCAAUCCUGUUUUGAUUUUGGCAAGUAGAACUGGAGGGGCUGCGGUGGUGCCAUGACCCGAAUGAGGUUUUCCCAUUGGCAUUUUCACAUUCUACUGUGCUGUGUUUACAUUGUUCAGCAGAGGAUUCGGUUUCUCCUUUUCAGCCUUUUGCUGUCAAAAAAUGGUCAACACAGGAUAGUGGAAAGUGAAAGAAAGUGAGGUCUUGAGAACUUUUUAAACUUGUAUCCAUCUUGUUUUUACAUAGAAGACCAAUGGGAAAAUGCUUUCUGUGUGAUUGGUGUUUUCUGGGUUAAGCUCAGGUACAGGAUAAAGACAUAAGCAAUAUUUCAAUAUUUCAAUCAGUGCAGUGUUGCGUUUGUUACAGCAACAAGAUCUGAUGAGAAUUACUACUGUACUGAUAUCUGCAGAAAAGCUGUGACUCUCCUUGUGUUCUUUCACACAGUAGGUCAGUUGAAAAUUCCUUAUUUCAAGACAGAUAUAUGCAUUUUAGUUUAUUAGCGAAACCUUUUUUAAGAGAUGUUUGAAAUAUGUUUGCCUUUUUAUAAGGUGGUUAAGAAUGUCUGUUUUUUCUUCAAGGAAGCCUACAUGCUUGUAAGUGAAGGAUGUUUUUGUGUGCCUAAAAGAGAGUGAAUAAUUAUGGGUGGCCUGGGUAUUUAUUCAGUGUUAUAGUGUUAAUGUAUGGAUGGUGAUGUUGAUGGCAUGUUGUGUUUAGAUUCUCUACAUUGGUGACAUAACACACAGUGAUAAUAUGAAUGGAGGAUGUUACUGUGGUAUCAGAGACUCUUUAUUGUGGUACCACAACCUCAUUCGAAGUUCAUUAUUGCUCCAUUAAUAUAUCCGAUGAGCUGCUGGUCAGUUCAUUGUCAGAGUGCAUCCCAUCAUCAUUAGGGUCAGAAAAAUUCAACCUGUGUAGAGGAUGAAAAUCAAAUGUUUUUUUGUUUGUUAUUUGUAACUGGAUUUACAAAAUACUUAAUAAAUUAUUUCAACGCCA